GCCGCGGCGGCCGCUGCUGCUGCCGCUGCCGCCGCCGCCGCCGCCGCCGCCUGGAUAUAGUGCGGCAAGGAGCGGAGCUUGCAGUCACUUCGCGAGGAGGAGCGCGCGGGCUGCGGGCGGCUGGGGCACCCGGGAGCGAAGGCGGACUAGGAGAGGCGGUCGUGGCAGCGGAAGGUUCUCUCUCCAGGGCUGGACUUAAUAACUUUGGAACUGUCCACCAGUGUCACGUCCUGAACAUGAGCCUCCUCCUCUCCUUCUACCUGCUCGGGUUGCUUGUCAGUAGCGGGCAAGCUCUUCUUCAAGUGACAAUUUCACUUAGCAAAGUAGAGCUUAGUGUGGGUGAGUCUAAAUUCUUCACAUGUACAGCAAUUGGUGAACCUGAGAGUAUAGAUUGGUUUAAUCCUCAAGGAGAGAAGAUAAUAUCCACACAGAGGGUUAUGCUGCAGAAGGAGAGCCUGAGGUCACGAUUAAUCAUCUACAAUGCAAACAUUGAAGAUGCAGGGAUAUAUCGAUGUCAAGCAACGGAUGCCAAAGGACAGACACAAGAAGCUACAGUAGUUUUGGAAAUUUACCAAAAACUCACUUUCAAAGAAGUGGCAUCUCCCCAAGAAUUCAAACAAGGAGAAGAUGCAGAAGUGGUCUGCCAGGUUAGCAGUUCACCUGCACCAGCUGUCAGCUGGUUGUAUCAGAAUGAGGAAGUCACCGCCAUUUCCGACAAUCGGUUCACUGUAUUAGCAAACAAUAAUCUGCAGAUUCUCAACAUCAAUAAAAGUGAUGAAGGAAUAUACAGAUGUGAAGGAAGAGUGGAAGCAAGGGGAGAGAUUGACUUCCGUGAUAUCAUCGUUAUUGUCAAUGUGCCACCAGCAAUAUCAAUGCCUCAGAAAACUUUUAAUGCCACAGCAGAGAGAGGAGAAGAGAUGACUUUAUCCUGCAGAGCCUCGGGCUCUCCAGAGCCCAGCAUUUCCUGGUCCAGGAAUGGCAAGCUUGUUGAAGAAAAUGAAAAGUACAUACUGAAAGGAAGCAACACAGAACUCACCGUCAGGAACAUAAUGAAUAGUGAUGCUGGCCCUUACGUCUGCAGGGCCUCCAAUAAGGCAGGAGAAGAUGAAAAGCAGGCAUUUCUCCAAGUCUUUGUACAGCCUCAUAUAAUACAACUUAAAAAUGAGACGACAUCCGAAAAUGGUCACAUAACACUUACCUGUGAAGCAGAAGGAGAGCCUGUUCCAGAAAUUACUUGGAAAAGAACAAUGGAUGGCAUCACAUUUUCUGAAGGUGAUAAGAGCCCAGAUGGCCGUAUCGAAGUCAAAGGGCAGCGUGGAAGGUCAUCCCUGCAUAUUACAGACGCGAAGUUGUCAGAUGCAGGGAGAUAUGACUGUGAAGCUGCAAGCAGAAUUGGAGGGCACCAAAAGAGCAUGUACCUUGAUAUUGAAUAUGCCCCUAAAUUUGUUUCAAACCAAACAAUUUAUUACUCUUGGGAAGGAAAUCCAAUCAAUAUAAGUUGUGAUGUGAAAUCAAACCCGCCAGCAUCAAUCCACUGGAGAAGAGACAAAUUAGUCUUACCAGCUAAAAAUACCACUAAUUUAAAGACUUAUAGUGCAGGAAGAAAGAUGAUAUUGGAGAUUGCACCUACAUCUGACAGUGACUUUGGACGAUAUAACUGCACAGCCACUAACCGUAUAGGAACAAGAUUUCAAGAAUAUAUUCUUGCUUUAGCUGACGUGCCAUCCAAUCCCCAUGGAGUGAAGGUUAUAGAGUUGUCACAGACCACAGCCAAGGUAUCUUUCAACAAACCAGACUCCCAUGGAGGUGUUCCCAUUCAUCACUAUCAAGUGGAUGUCAAAGAAGUGGCAUCAGAAACCUGGAAAAUAGUACGCUCCCAUGGAAUUCAAACAAUGGUUGCUUUGAGCCACCUGGAACCAAAUACAACUUAUGAAAUCAGGGUUGCAGCUGUAAAUGGAAAAGGGCAAGGAGACUACAGCAAAAUAGAAAUCUUUCAAACAUUACCAGUUCGUGAACCAAGUCCUCCAUCCAUACAUGGACAGCCAAGCAGUGGGAAGAGUUUUAAACUUAGCAUAACCAAGCAGGAUGACGGAGGGGCCCCUAUUUUGGAAUACAUUGUAAAAUAUAGAAGUAAAGAUAAGGAAGACCAGUGGCUAGAGAAGAAAGUGCAGGGAAAUAAAGACCAUAUUAUUUUGGAGCAUCUACAGUGGACAAUGGGGUAUGAAGUUCAAAUUACAGCUGCCAAUAGAUUGGGAUAUUCUGAACCUACAGUUUAUGAGUUCAACAUGCCACCAAAGCCCAAUAUUAUUAAAGACACUCUUUUUAAUGGGCUUGGGCUCGGAGCUGUCGUUGGCCUAGGAGUUGCUGCACUUUUGCUCAUCCUUGUAGUAACAGACGUCAGCUGCUUCUUUAUUCGGCAAUGUGGGCUAUUGAUGUGCAUCACCAGGAGAGUGUGUGGGAAGAAAAGUGGCUCCAGUGGGAAAGGCAAAGAGCUGGAGGAGGGAAAAGCUGCAUAUCUGAAAGAUGGAUCAAAAGAGCCAAUAGUGGAGAUGAGAACAGAGGAUGAAAGAAUUACAAAUCAUGAAGAUGGUAGCCCUGUAAACGAACCAAAUGAAACCACGCCACUUACAGAACCUGAAAAAUUGCCUUUGAAAGAAGAAAAUGGGAAAGAAGCGCUAAAUCCAGAAACAAUAGAAAUUAAAGUUUCUAGUGACAUCAUCCAAUCAAAAGAAGAUGACAGUAAAGCAUAACAACAAUGUUACAGUGGCUUGGUCAACAUUACAAAGAGCAUUUGGAUUGCAGUGAACCUAUGACCAAAACUAUUCCAUUGACCUUAAUUUCUUGGGAAACUUCUAGCUUGGAACAGCUUGUACACAUAUACAUAUGAUCAAAUACUCCUGACCAUGGUCCAUUUCCUUUUGUUAUUGUUGUGCUUGUUCAUUUUGUUAAGAUUUUUAGUAUAAAGAUUUGUUUAGCACCAACUCUUGGGUAUUGAUUUGAUUCUAUGAUUAAAAUACUGCAAUUUAUUAUAUGACUAAAGUGCUCUAUUUCUUAAGAUCUCUGCCUCACAUGCCACAAACAAAUAU